AUGGUGCCUCUGGCCGCUCUAAUCAUCCUCAGCACGGUAGGACUUUUCGCCACGGGGACAUUCAUCUUCGCAAUAUACUACACAACCAGGACCAGACUAGACGCAAGAAGACUGCAGAUCUCGGAAGCAGAGCAAGAACUACGUACUCCUCUUAGGGAAACGGCAGCAGAGUCUGGCCUCAACGAUAGAAGCGCAACGCCACAAUUACCGCGUCCACCAACGCCCGAAGCCGAGUUUCCACCUCCGCUGUCAGAUGACUCAAGGGAUCAGACGACUGGCGAAGUCAAUACCGUAACAGCCAGGACAGAGACAGCACAGCCAUUCUUCCUACCCGCAACGACCUAUCGCCACAAACCACCGCAACCACAAAGCUCUCUCCGGCCUCCAACUCCCGAAGCAGAGUAUCCGCCUCCCUUACCUCAAGACUACCUUGGCCGCGCAAUCCCCCCCUUACCACCUCACUCCCCUCUCCUUCCUCCUGCCCCAUCUCUCUCACCACCAAGUAGGGUUUCAGCCAGAGCAAGAUCUAAGAGCAGAGGCAGGAAUUUACGCCGGCGUCCAUCUUGCCCUACAGAUGAAGACAGACCAGACAGUAUGCACGAGAUUUAUGAUAUUUACAGCCAACUGCCUCCUACGCCGAAGGCUAUACCCGAAAGCGCCCCGUCAAUGGUCACGACAUUCGCGCAAGCGGAGACGAAGGCAUACAGCACAGCUUCUCGAGAGUAUAAAGGUGGGGUCAACAAGAAGCGCAUUAUAUCUCGUCCGCGAUCGCACCCAUACCCAUGGCGUACCACCCGCAACAAAAAGAAUAAGACACCCACCCCGAGCAAUACAUCUGCCCAGACACACGACCCACCACAUGGAGCACUCGAGGGCUUCCGAGACCCCUCGCACACGCAAAAGGACUUCUCACGCCUGCGACGGAUGCAUCUAGAACGAAACAUCCGGCGCAUCAGAUUGCUGGAGGAGCAGAAUUCGAUCCUCAUCAAUGCACUGUGGAAGAUCGGCCUGAGUAUUGACCAUACCAGUGAUAGCAAUAGCAACUGCAAUAGCAUUACCGACAGCGGUAUCCCCCGAGUUCCCGAUUGGAUUCCGAACCUCCUAUCGACAUCAAGCCUGGCCCGGCAGAACUCUUAUCAGGACGAAGACGAAGACCGUCAGGUCAGAUGUUCUCCCGCGUCGAGUCGCCGGCCUGAGUCGCGGAUAGGAAUACGUCCAGAGGACACCACGGAGACUACGGAGAGCACGGAAACCACGGAAGCCACGGAAAGCAAGCCAGGCGGCACGAGCGUGAUGUCUAUAGACGAUAUGCUCUGCCAAUGA